GUACAGUCAUGUGACCUCACAUGGAGAAAACAGGAAGUUCUGGCUAUAUUUUGGUGACUGGAAUGUUCCGGAUGGUUGUGGUUCUGACGGAUUCUGAUUGGGCGUUCCAUCCCAGUCAGAAGGCAAAGAUGAAAACAGGAAGCAGAAAACCUGCCCCCAUUAUUUGUAUUUUGCGCUGAAGAGCUGACCUCUCACCCCGGCCACCGCAGGUCACGUGCCCGCGUCGAUGACCUCACAAUGCUGGAUGUGUCCCGCCACUCACACAACUCCAAAUGUCAUCUUUCAUGAGAUGGCUGAUGGCGAGCUGGACACGCCCCCGGGGAGGUGCUGCUUGGUCUUCCGAAGCAAAGAUGAUGAUGAUGAAGUAGAACAGACGUGAAGCCAACACAGUGAACAAGAGAAGACGUCCUCUCAGCUGAUUGGACGACAUCGUCAAGGAAGUGGCUCAUGCCCCCUGAGUGCCGCACCCCCUGCCAUCAGGGUCAAGGGUCAUCCGAAAUCAAGAUGAUGUCCUGCCGCCUGCUGCUUCUUGUCAUCUGUCUACUUCCUGUCUCUGGGAAACACCCCGAUGACUCGGACUCAGUCGCCACGGGGACGUCCUCCGAGGACGACGAAGACCAGUCCUCCUCCGAGGAAACAUCAACGAGCAGCGAACACCUGGCACAUCAAGUGAUGGCGCCGCGGUGGACGUCCCCGAAGAAGAUGCACAGGAAGUUAUACGCCCUUCCCGCCAGUAAGACUGUGAAGUUCCGGUGCCCUGCAACAGGAAGUCCGCCUCUGCGUCUGCACUGGUACAAGAGCGGCAAAGAUGUCCGCCAGGAUCAAAGACUCGGCGGCUACAAGAUCAAAGACCACGCAUGGAUGCUCACCUUGGAUUCGCUGGUCCCGUCCGACAGCGGAAACUACACCUGCGUGGUGGAAAACCCGCACGGCGUCAUCGAGCACACGUACCGCUUGGACGUAAUCGAGCGUGCCUCCUACAGGCCCCUCCUCCAGGCCGGCCUGCCGGCCAAUCAGACGGCAGUGGUCGGCAGUGACGUGCGCUUCGUGUGUCGCGUGUUUAGCGACCUGCAGCCUCACGUGCAGUGGGUCAAACAGGUCCACCCACCCGACGGACGCUCCAGCAGCCUUGUAGUCAAGAUGGGGGACGUCAACACCACCAAUGAAGACAUGGAGGUUCUGACUCUGAGGAACGUGAGCAUCGACGACGCCGGCGAGUACGCGUGUGUGGCCGCAAACUCCAUCGGCGUCUCGCAACACUCGGCUUGGCUCACCGUGCUCAAAGAUCCGCCUCCUGCCCCACCCCCCUCCAACAACUACCUGCAGAUCUUUAUUUACUGUCUCGGCUUCUUCAUCGCCAUCACCCUCAUCUUCACGGCUGUCAUCUGCAAGCUUUGCUCCGCCCCCAGGAAGAGCACCGUCAGCAGUCAGCUGGCGGUCCACAAACUCGCCAAGAGCGUGGUGCUGAAGAGACAGGUGUCCUUGACGUCCCCCGAACAGUCCAAGAUGUCUCGGCCCGCUAAGGACCAGAUUCCAUACGACCCUCAGUGGGAACUUCCUCGUGACAGGCUGGCAUUGGGUAAGCCGCUGGGGGAGGGCUGCUUUGGACGGGUGGCAUUGGCGGAGAUCAUCGGCAUGGACGAGGACCAGCCGGCACGCGUCACCAAGGUGGCGGUGAAGAUGCUGAAAGGUGAUGAUGUUUCCCUUUCUCACUUGUCCGAUGACGCUGACUCGCAUUUCCUGUUGUGUGCAGCGGACGCCGGCGAGAAGGACCAGUUGGACCUCAUCUCAGAGAUGCAAAUGAUGAAGACCAUCGGACGCCACAAGAACAUCAUCAACCUGAUCGGCGCCUGCACGCAUGACGGCCCGCUCUUUGUGGUGGUGGAGUAUGCUGCGCGCGGGAACCUAAGAGAGCACCUACGAGCUCGCCGGCCGCCCGAGUACCCGGGGCAGGCGGUGCCGGUCGGCAUGGAGCUACAAGAACUGGUGUCGGCGUCGUACCAGGUGGCCCGAGGGAUGUCGUAUCUUGCAUCCAAGAAGUGCGUACACCGAGACCUGGCGGCCCGCAACGUCCUCGUCACCCAUGACUACGUGAUGAAGAUCGCCGACUUCGGCCUGGCCAGAGACGUGCACCACGUGGACUACUACAAGAAGACCACCAACGGUCCUUUGCCCGUCAAGUGGAUGGCGCCCGAAGCGUUGUUUGACCGCGUCUACACACACCAAAGCGAUGUGUGGUCUUACGGUGUCCUGCUGUGGGAGAUUUUCACGCUGGGAGGUUGUCCUUAUCCCGGCAUUCCGGUUGAGGAAGUCUUCAAGCUGCUGAAGGAAGGUCACCGCAUGGAGAAGCCACCAGCGUGCACACAGGAAAUCUACGUUAUGAUGCGAGACUGCUGGCACGCCGUCCCAUCCUGUCGGCCGACCUUCCAGAAGCUGGUAGAAGAUUUGGACAGAAUCCUAAGCCUGCUUGCCAACCAGGAUUACCUGGACUUCUCCUCCCCCCACAACCACAGUCCUCUGCUUGGCUCCUCCCCCUGGACCCACUCCACGUAGACGUCAUCUUCAUCCUUAUUUGUAGCGCGUGUGAAUAAGUGUAAAUAAGUGUGAAUAUGAUUGACAAGUGAUAAUCAAGGUGAGGAAGGUGCUUAGACUUGAUUGGUGGACGUGGAGGAUUGACAGGGAGACGUUUCAUGCUUGAAACUUUUAAUUUAUGGACAAGAAGACACUGAAAGAGACAUGAGACGUUUGGUGUCCAGCACAAAGACGUCAUCAGGUCAAGAAAAUAAAGACACGACUCCAUCAUCUACUGGCGGCUGCUUGGCCCCGCCUUCUGGUCGUCCAGCGAGCGCUUCCUGGCGAAUAGGUGGGUGGGGUCGCGACCCUGGAAGCCGGGCUGGAUGUUGAAGACUGGGACGUUCCUCCAGCUGGCCGGGUUGCUGAAGGGGGCGGCGGCCUGGCCGGUGCCACACUCUUUGUUCUGGACCAGCUGGAGGAAGGUCUCCAUGUCGGGUCCCAAACGGGCCACCAGGCCGGUCCGCACCGCAGCCACCGUCUGCUGGUCGCAUGCCUGCAGCGUCUGCAGCAGCGUGCUGUAAUACCUGCGCAUGCGGGGUUGGAGGUCAAUGAGAGUAGCCCGCGUUGUCAUGUGACCGAGCGUGGGCGUGAUAUGACCUGUUGGGGAAGUGGGCGGGCACCUGCACCACCUCUCCGAUGGCGUCCGGGUUGGUGCGAGCGACCGUGCAGAUGUCCAGGCUGCUGAAGCACUCCUCCUCUACCUGCAAGGCAAAACAUUUGUCAGGGGGUGGAGCCUGAGGGUGGAGUCUGAGGGUCUCUCACCCACCUCAGCGAUCAUCCUCUGGAAGAUGUUGCAGCGGCGGAUGGUCUGGAAAACCUUAGUGCUGAUUCCCUGAGUGAUGCAUUGAAGACUCUUCUUGACGAACGUUUUACCCUGAAAAACAAGCCACAGUCCUGUUAGUUUGCUCGCUACCGCGGCGGUGCACGCCGUCUUGCCGAUCAAGACACGGCCACCUCUGUGUUGAACGUUGCCGCCGAGUGGAGGAAGAGUUCGCAGAUCUCAUGCAUCCCAUCGGUGUCGCACGUGGAGUUUUCCAGGCAGGAGAAGAAGCCGCAGCCCACUGCCACCGCGCCGUUCAGGCACCGCGCCACGUCGGCUAUGUUAGCAACAAACAUACAUAAGGUACAAAUACGCUAGUACUCACCUUAAAGUAACUGUAAAUAAAGAAUGAAAUGUCAUAAGCAAAGGUGCAACCUGGGCUGUUGGAGGAGAAGCGGGCCCGGCGGGGGGCGGCCUCCUCGGGUACGAGCUCGAAGCAGGAGGCCGAAGCCAGCAUGAGAACGAGCAGCGGCGCGGUGAAGGAGGCGGACAUUGUCGUCAGUGAGGAGGACGAGGAAGGCGAUGAGGUUCCACUGUCCCUGGAGGACCUUUUAUAGGGGCCAGGCUGGCCCAUCCACCAAUCACAGCGUGGCGCCGGCGGCUGAUUGGUGACGUUACGCGCCGCUGGAUGGAGGAAUGUUCCGUCAGGGGAAGCUCGCUAACAUCCGAGUCGUUGGGAUUCUGCUCACGUUCUUCAGCUUUGCUCUGCUAGAGCAGAACUACAUCGUCACUACUACAUCGGCACCAAUGUGUACUUCAACCAAUAACUACAACACCUCAACUACAGUAUACAGUAUAUACACACAGCAUAUAUCAACUAUACAUCAACUACGUAUAAACUACAGUAUACAGUAUAUACACAAAGCAUAUAUCAACUACGUAUAAACUACAGUAUACAGUAUAUACACACAGCAUAUAUCAACUAUACAUCAACUACAUAUAAACUACAGUAUACAGUAUAUACACACAGCAUAUAUCAACUACAUCAACUACGUAUAAACUACAGUAUACAGUAUAUACACACAGCAUAUAUCAACUACAUCAACUACGUAUAAACUACAGUAUACAGUACAUAGUAUAUACCAAUCAUAUAUCAACUAAAACUGUAUGUACAGCACAUAUAAGACAGGUAUGCUAAUACUAUAUGCAGUGUGUAACGUAUAGACAUGUACCAUAUAGAGUAUCUGGCAGUGCUGAGGUCAUGUGACGUUGGUGAGGGUGCGUGUGGAAAAAGUGUUGUCUUAUCAGGAACAGGAAGUCGUGACCUCAGGUUAACCGCGUAGAUAAACAUCUCCUCCGCUCAUUAACUAGCAACACACACACACACACACACACGGCAGAAGCGGAACAUGUGAAGAAACGGACUUUUAAUUCAACGGACUUCACAUUAAAAGUACUGGCGUGGGGGAAACAUCACUUCCGGUUUGCACUAGAACUCCAGGUCCCAGCCCGACUCCUCGUCAGGAGGCUCGUCCGUGUCCACGGGAAAGUCAUCAAAGUUGCUGUUGUCCAACGGGCCGUCCACCUGACGGGGAAAGACACGGGUCACGGGACACGCCGGCCGCCACGCCGCCUCCUGCACCUCACUCACCCUGGGCGUGAACGGAGAGUCCGUGGUGCCCUGGCGGAGCCCCUCCCAGUUGAAGCCCUCGAACCACCUGAUUGGACGACACGUUGCCAUUAUAACCUUGGCGACUCGCACGGUGAUGACGCGCGUCAUGUGACUCACUUGUGCUUCUGGAUGUCCUUCACGCCGUUCUUCUGGUUCCCCAGGCGCUCUGACGGGUUGUCCCUGACAUACACGCGCUUCAUGAUGACGUCACACGCAUGGCCGCGAAAGGGCUUACAAUCAAGUACUAUCAAGUUCUAGCGUUGUUGUAUGAAGUACUACCAUGAACUACAAAGCACUACAAUGCGAUGAGGAGAAGAAGAAGCAGACGAACAAGAAAUGAACAAGAAGAUGAGGAGGCGGAUGAGAAGAAGAAAAGGAGAAGUCGAAGAGAAAGGAGGAGGAUGUGACAGGUGGGAGGAGAAGAGGAAACAGGAAGUUACUACUGUUAGCGUUCCUCUUAGUAGCGCAGUAAUGGUAGUAGUAUUAGCAGGGCACAAGUGAAAGUAUUAGUAGAAUGAACUGCACUAAAGGUCGUAGUAGUACUUCAGUAGUAUUAGUAGAACGGCAGCAGUGACAGUAGUAGUGGUGAUAUUACUAGCAUGGCAGCAGUGGUUGUAGUAGUAAUACUGCAGUAGUGCUAGUAUUGGCAUGAUGAACCUGCAGAGGCGUUUAAUGAGGUUGGCGGCGCUCUUGGUGAUCUUCUUGGGGAACUCCACCAUGUCGAUGCCUCUCAGGAUGAUGUUGUACGUCUUCAUCGGGUCGGAACCAGAAAAGGGCGGACUGCGGGACGAGGACACAAACAGACGUUGACGUGUUGGCGCCACAAGAUGGUGCCCUGACGGCGAGAAGCGGGAGGCACCUGCCGCUGAGCAGUUCGAAGAUGAGAAUUCCGAGCGACCAGCAGUCGGCGGAGCUAUCGUGACCUUUAUUCAGGAUGAUCUCGGGGGCCACAUACUCAGGAGUCCCACAGAAGGUCCACGUCUUCUUGCCCAGACCCACCUUCUUGGCAAAGCCGAAGUCCACCUGCACCACACUGACUUACUGAGCGCUAUCUUCGCCUCACCCCCAGAUGGGUGGAGCCUCACCAGCUUGGCGUAGCCUCUGUGGUCCAAGAUGAUGUUCUCAGGUUUCAGGUCUCUGUAAAUGAUCCCUCUGGAGUGCAGCUCGGCCAGAGCCUCGAUCACGCACGCCGUGUAGAACCUGGUGGUCCCGUCGUCAAAUGAUCCCCUGUGGGCACACAGGGGUCCUGACAUAGCGCUCUUUCCGCACGUUCGGAGAUGCUCACCUGUCACGUAACAGCGUCCAGAGCUCGCCGCCCAGACACGCCUCCAGCAGCAUGUACAGGUACUUUGGGUCCCGGAAGGUCCGGUACAACCUGCAGUAGCACAAGUCACCACCAUGACCUCUCAAAAGCAUUUGGGUUCUUGCUGGAUGGCAUUUGUGUGAUCAUGUGACCUGAUGAUGAAGGGGCUGUGGACCUCCAUCAUAAUGCGGCGUUCCGACAGGAUGUGUCCCUGCUGGCUGGUGUCCAGGAUGUGACGCUUCUUCAGGACUUUAAGGGCAAAGGAGCGGCCAGCGUCGUUCUUCAGCUGCACCUGAACGCACAACGCCAGCACCGUAAAGACAUGUGCCCGCUCACCGCAGGGUGCCACGGUAACAUACCCACCAGCUCCACACGGCUGAAACCACCCAUGCCGAGGGUGCAGACCACGGUGAAGUCCCCCAGCGUCACGCUGGAGAAGAAAUCAUCUUCCACCAGACGCC